AUGCAGUGUGAUGUGAAAUCACACAAUGUACUUGUUAAGGGAGACUUUGAGAUUUGCAAGCUUUGUGAUAUUGAGGUUUGCCUACCUGUGACAAAAUCAGGAAGGGUUGAUAAAUUGAAAGUUGGAAAAGAUCGUGAAUAUACUGGGACACCUUGUUGGUGUUCACCGGAGGUACUAAUUGAUCCUCCAGAUAUUACAACAAUGGCAGAUAUUUACGCAUUUGGUCUUGUUAUUUGGGAAAUAAUUGCACUUUCCCCACCUGUGUAUGAUGAUUCUAAACAAUUUGAUGAAAGCUUCCAUUGUAGCAGAUCUUUUGAUGAAUCGGAUUCUGAGAACCAGAAGACCAGGUUAAGGCCAGCUUUGCCAGAUGUAGAACUAGAUCAUGACUAUGAUCUAGUUUUAGAGACAUAUUACUGCUGUACCACUGAAGAAAAGGAAAAGCGUCCUACAGCAAAAGAUUUGACAGUACAAUUGCAGGAAGUCUUGAAUAAAGUAUGA